GGCUACUCGAACCCUCAUCAAAGCAACCAUGACGGACCCUCCACUCAGCCAAGCUGUCGGCUAUGGUGUGGUCAUUGGGCUAGGCUUUGCCUUUGCCUUCUUCAUGAUCCUUACUACGUUUGUUCUUAAACGAUACAACUAUGAGUUGCAGACGUCGGAAAUGUUCAGCACUGCUGGUCGGAGCGUGAAGUCUGGUCUCGUUGCCUCUGCCGUUGUUUCUUCCUGGACAUGGGCUGCAACACUGCUCCAGUCCAGUGCUGUCGCGUACAACUAUGGCGUUAGCGGACCAUUUUGGUACGCCUCUGGUGCAACCGUCCAAAUCAUCCUUUUCGCAACUAUCGCAAUCGAAUUGAAGCGAAGAGCACCAAACGCCCACACCUUCCUCGAAGUUAUCCGGGCGCGCUACGGAGCGAUUACGCAUAUCGUAUUCAUGGUCUUUGGCUUGUUCACCAAUAUCUUGGUCACAUCUAUGUUGCUCACCGGAGGUUCCGCUGUCGUCACAACGCUCACCGGUGUGCCGACCGCCGCUGCUUGCUUCCUGCUUCCCGUGGGUGUCGUACUUUAUACUAUGUUUGGUGGUAUUAAAGCGACAUUCCUUACCGACUACGCGCAUACGGUCGUCAUCCUGGUCAUCCUCCUCUUGUUCGCCUUUACUGCCUAUGCCACCAACGAGAAUCUCGGCAGCCCCGCCAGGGUGUUUGACCUGCUUGUCGAAGCUGCCAAGAAGCAUCCAGUUGAAGGCAACGCUGGAGGCUCAUAUCUUACAAUGCGCUCGAAGGAAGGUGCCAUCUUCUUCGUCAUCAACAUCGUUGGAAAUUUCGGAACCGUCUUUUGCGACAACGGAUACUACAACAAAGCUAUCGCCGCAAGCCCCGUGGAUGCUCUGCCAGGCUACAUCAUGGGAGGGUUAUCCUGGUUCGCAAUUCCCUGGCUAGCCGCUACUACCAUGGGUCUUGCCGCUGUAGCUCUGGAGAGCAAUCCCGUCUUCCCUACCUAUCCCAAUCGUCUUCCCGCUGCCGAUGUCUCCGCAGGUCUUGUCUUGCCCAAUGCUGCUGUAGCUAUGCUAGGUAGUGGAGGUGCCGUCGCAACACUGCUUCUUGUCUUCAUGGCUGUCACGUCAGCGAUGUCUGCUGAGCUAAUUGCUGUCUCAAGUAUAUGGACCUAUGACUUCUAUCAGACAUACAUCAACCCACGGGCCACUGGAAAGCAGCUUAUAUAUAUGUCUCACAUGAUGGUCGUUGCGUUUGCUGUCGCCAUGGCUGCCUGGUCGACUGGUCUCUAUUACAUCGGCAUCUCCAUGGGCUAUCUCUACCUCCUAAUGGGCGUCAUCAUUUCCUCUGCUGUUCUCCCUGCGACCCUGACCCUGAUGUGGAGCAAGCAAAAUUGGUACGCUGCCACCUUCUCACCACCUCUUGGUUUCGCUUGCUCGCUCAUCGCAUGGCUCGUGACCGCAAAGAAGGAGGGUGGCGAACUUACUGUCGCUACAACCGGUGCCAACAACCCUAUGCUUGCUGGAAACGUCGUCGCGCUCCUCUCACCACUCAUCUUCGUGCCUAUCCUAACAUACGCGUUCGGACCCCAAAACUAUGAUUGGGUCUCCAUGAAGGCGAUCCGCAAAGGCGACGACCACGAUCUUGCGACGGCCGCUCAUGUAGACAUCGAACUUAUACCGGGCGAGCGCCGACACAGCAUCACGGAGGAAGAAGCGGAGCAGGCCAAGCUUCUCAAGGCUUCAAAGAUCGCGAGAUGGAUGACUGUUUUCAUGACUCUCGCCUUCCUAGUGCUUUGGCCUAUGCCCAUGUACGGAUCGGGAUACAUCUUCAGCAAGAAGUUCUUCACGGGAUGGGUAGUCGUCGGUAUCCUCUGGAUGUUCUGUAGUGUGUUCUGCGUGGGAUUAUAUCCGCUGUGGGAGGGUAGGAAGACGAGCGUGCAUACGGUCAAGGCUAUCUUCAUGGACGUCACUGGCAAGGGAAGGCCGAAAGCUUCGGUCACGCAAGGAGAAGGCCUGGAGUCACCGCCUACUGAGUCAGUUGACGAGAAGGCUAAGCAGUAA